AUGUUUCGUUUUGUGCUUGGGGUUCAUCCCUCGAAAUCCCUCACUCGUUGCUGUGCUACAGGACAAGGACUGUAUCGUCAUUGGAAUAGAAGGAUUUCCGAAUUGAAUAUUUCUCUCAAUCAUCAUCAUCAUUACAGCACAGAUAAUAAUAAUAUUAAUAUUAAUAAUAAUAAUAGUAGUAAUAAUUAUCAAUGUAGUUUUCUUCAACAACGGAAGGUUCAAUCGGAACACAAGGAUGAUAGAAUGAUGAAAAAUUCAACAAUGACACGGACGAAGGACAAUCCUUCCAAACAUCUUUGGAAUCAUGUUUCUAACAGUGUACUUUCUCAAUCCUCAUCCACACGAUCUUUUAGCACUUUUAACGGAAUAACAAACAUUGAGAAUAAUUCCUCCUCCGGGAAAAAACGAAAUUUUAAAUCCUAUCGGCAACCUAAUAGUGAAUCAUAUUAUUUUCGUGAGGAACGAACCUUGUUAUCGGGAGAAAAACCAACUCUUGUUGGAAGGGUUUUAGGUGUUGCUUGGAAAAUUAUUACAUUUCCUUUAAAAAUUAUCUCAUUUGCAACCAUGGGAGUUUUGUUCUUUAUUGGACGAUUGGUACUUUCCAAAGUUCUAAAGAAAGAUUUAAAACAAAUGGAGCUCAUGUUCACACGAAUGACAUUGAAAGAUGCAGCUCCUUUAAAGUCAUUCUAUCGAAUGGAUAAUUCUACAGCACCAACUCCUACUUUCAUGGAUCCCCUCACUCAGCAGUAUAUUGAGGUGGACCCUAUUUUAGAAAAAUGUUUAAAAUUUGUGGAUAAUGAUCAUCUGGUUUAUGAUCGUUUAAAGACCGAAACAGUGAAACAUAGCGGUAUGAAAGAUUCUUUAAAUGUCACCUUGAUGGAUGCCAAGGAAAAGACUGAUCGAGAUAUGAAUCCCGAGGCUAUUGGCAAACUUUGCUUCCGAAAUUCUACUUUUUUGAAACUAUUAACAGAUGUUAAAAUGAUUAAUGCUCAAUCAACGCCUGAAGGACUUGUCAGGGAUGUCCCUCUAUUUGUUAUGAAGAAAUUGACAGAGAAGGAAGAAGCAGAGUUCAAAAAUUAUGAACAAAAAGAUGAAACUCCAACUCAUAAUGAGCAUAUUGCAGGAUACAAAUUUGUAUUUGUGGCACAAAUGCAUAUUUAUGCCACUUAUGUCAAUGGUCAAUGGCAAGAUUUCCAGAAAAUUGACAUUGUUGUCCAAGAUGAAGUCGAAGAACAAGAAGAAGUUCUCAUGACCUUUGAUGAUUUGUCAACCAGUGAAUAUGUCUCUACCUCGUCAUCGAGCACAAGAAUUAUGGACGCUGAGUUUGAAGAGAAAAAGUAG